GGCAAAUCAGAAAAUCAAUUAAGUUAUGAAAAAUACCAUUAAUUGCCUUUCUUUGUCACCGCAGCUCAUGAAGAAAUGGCGGAUCUCCAGACGUUGUAUAUUUGAGGAAGAACUCGACACACCUAAUGGCGUGUAUAACGGCGAUAAACAGCAUCUCAAUCGAAAGGAAUAUUUACGUUUUUUAGUAUCAAGAUUCGUUUUGAUGACACCAUCACUGCUCACCACAGACGUGUCACUCUCUUGUCCAGCUUAAGGAGGGACUUGAUCAUAAUCAGUUACAAAAAUACUGAAGAAUAUCUUCCAAACAUAUGAGAAUGAGCUGAUGGUUGUGGAAGUCUGCAAGAAGACGUUGCAAAAAAGAGAGAGGCUGAGUGGAAGAUGCCAAGAAAAAAACAACAGAAUCCACAGCCAGUCAAGUUGGAUUCUGAAGAUGGUGUAGCCAUUCAAGCUCCAGGAAACCUCACCUUAGACACAGACUUCCUUCUUGGACAAGACCUUGAGUUUGGUGAUCCUGAUCAUGACAACAAGAUUCUAGGCCUGGAAAAGUUCUCAGAAGUAGCUGCUGAGAUUGGCUUCUCUGUGUAUCCUCUGGGUGAUGAGGAGAGCCCUGCCUACGGCCAGCUCAGCAUGGAAAGUGAAACGGACAACUCUCGCAGCACAACUGACAAUGGGAGGGAAGACGAGGGCAGAGCAGCCCAGUCGGAGCCCAGUUUUCCCCCCUACCUGUCCUGCAGGGGCUGCGGACAGCUCCGUGAUGAGCCUCUGGGACCUGGCAUAGACCUUGUUGGUCCAUAUUGCCUUAGGUGCUGUAAAGCCUCCAGGGAAGCUAAAAGUACAGACUUCUGUUCACCUUUUGGAGGCAUCAGCGGGAUUCGCUCAGGUUCCCAUUUGCAGCUUGAUGGCGAAGAGGUGGGGAACGGGAUGGGGGACAAAGCACUGACAGCUGAGGACAAAUCGCCCAAAGUGCACUCGUGUCACCUCUGUGGCUUCUCCUCGCGUUACGCCAACCAUGUGAAGCGUCACAUGAAGACACACAACGGGGAGAAGCCCUUUAACUGCCCCUUGUGCACUUAUGCCUCAGCCCAGCUGGUGAACCUGCAGAGACACCUGCGCAUUCACACUGGGGAAAAACCUUACAAAUGUGACAGCUGCACUUUUGCCUGCAGUUCCCUUGGCAACCUCAAGAGGCACCAGCGCAUGCAUGUGCCCUCUGCAGGGGCGGGACAGGAUGCGCCACCGCGACCUGCCAGUGGCCAGAGCAGUCUGAAGAGGCAUGUGACUGGGCAAAGACCAAAUGGGGAAGAGCCUGGUGCUUCAGCCAAGGUUUCAGAGGUUGCCAGGCCAACAUCAAACCUGAGUUUGGUAGCCCAGAACAAUGACUCCCUAUCAGUCUUUGAUGACUUAAAAGGGGCAUCGCCACCACCCAUACCACCCUCUAACCCAGCUCCUGGCCACCAGCCUCCAACUCUGCUGCAGACCACGGGCAGCGGGGGCAGCAGGGCAACCAGAGGGGGCUUAGCAGACGGCGCCACCCUCCCCCCUUCACUUUUUCCUUUUACUUGCCGGUUGUGCGGCAUUGUCCUGGAGGACGAGGACGGCUCCUCGGCCCAAAUUUGUGCCAAGUGUACCCUCGAAAUGCUGACUAAAGACACCUCAUCAUCUCCCAACAGCCCUGGCGAGCGCAGUGACAAGGUGUACACCUGCGCCGCCUGCCCCUUCCUCACACACUACCCAAACCACUUGGCACGGCACAUGAAAACUCACAGUGGCGAGAAGCCAUACAAGUGCCCACAGUGCGACUAUGCCUCAGCGCACUUCGACAACCUCAAGCGCCACCACAGGGUGCACACAGGCGAGAAACCUUACAAGUGCCAUUUGUGCGAUUAUGCCUGCGGGAACCUGGCCAACCUGAAGCGCCACCAGCGCGUGCACUCUGGCGCCAAACCCUUCCAGUGUGCCGUGUGCAGUUACAGCUGCAACCAGAGCAUGAACCUGAAGCGGCACAUGCUUCGGCACACUGGAGAAAAGCCGUACAAAUGUCAGGAGUGCGGCUACACCACUGGCCACUGGGACAAUUACAAGAGACACCAGAAGAAACACGGCCUGGCCACAGACGGCUGGGUCAAGGUUCCAAUGACUGGCAACGAUGAAGACGACGAAGUAAGGAAAGGGAUGGGAGUUGGGGUCCAAACCCACAGAAAAGAAGCAGGGGUUGAUAUGCAGUAUAUGUCUCGGGAGGGAGGUCAGACAAUACACUCGUGCUACAAACUUGAGAUUGUAUAAAAUAUAACUCAGCAGAACUAAGCUACCAGCAACUUGUUUUUUUGUUUGUUUGUUUGUUUUUUAAUUUUCACAGAGCCUUUAUAUUGUUUUAGUGUGUGUCGGUCUUUUAGUGUUUUGUCAGUUGUCUUCAGAGGCUGCUAAUUGUUUAUUUGUAGAAACUCGCACAAUUAUGAAAAACAGUUGUUCAGAAUAUUUUGAUGCCUUUUGGAUUAAGUAAAGUGGAUGAGUCUGUUCAUAGUUUGUCUUCUGCUCUGUUACUCUGUGUUUGUGUCAAGACAAAUGGACUGUCUCUACUGUCGGAGUCCUUUCACUGUCUCAUUCUGUAUGUUACUCCACAGUAAUUAUAACAUUUCGCUCUCACACUACUACAAAGAUCUCGUUCCUCAUUCUACCAGAUACUCCUCAAUACAUGGAACUCAUGCACAUUUUUGCCUGAACUGUUGAGCUGCGCUGUGUAGUUUUGAUGAAGGUUUUGUUUAAUAAAAGAUCAUUACUAUUUUUUUUAUCAAAGUCGUCAGUGCCACAAGUUUAGGUCAAACCUUUUGUUUUGCACCCAAAAUAAAAUCAUAUAACAUGAAUGUAACCGAAACACAGAUUUCUUUCCACCCUCCCAUUACAUUUACAGGACGGAAGUACUGAUUUACCUUUGGUUUGAUUCGUGAGGUAAUUUUAACAUUAAAUUAGACUUAAAAUAUGUGCUGAUUGACAAAGUUACUUUCCUGAGACUACACAGUGCAGCUUUAAGUAAAGAUGGCUCCUUGUAAGGGCCAGUAUUGUGCUUUCUUUGCAUUAGGGCACACGCUCUGGUGAUGGCAUGCCUUCAGUUGAAUUUACCAAUGUAUGUACUACUAGCAAAGUGCUAUUUAUAGUACUGAAAUUGUUUUACACCUGUUAAACUAUAUUGAUUAAUUAGGUUGUGUUAAGCUUACUAAAUAAUCUCCUGUGUCUUGAACUGUAUUGUCAUUUUAGCCAAACCCCCUCAGGUUAAAAAAAAAAAAAAAAAAAAAAGUGAUAUGAAACGCUAAAAUUUUGGCAAAAAGAAAAUAAUUUAUAGUUAUUUUAACACUAACAUUGCAUGCACAAGCAUUUUAGUUUUAAAAUGGUUGUAUGGUUAAGGGGAAAAGCACAAUCUUAGGCUACACACACACUCAGCUGCAUUUGGGCAGGUUUAGGAUUAAGUUCAAGUGCAAGAGAGAAAAAAAAAAAGGGUAUUGAUGCAUCUCUCUUAUUUGUGAUUCAGGAGUGAAAUACAUGAGCACGAUAUUCAUAGAAUUUCCCCCCAAAAAACGUUCUAAUUGUCGGUAAUCUUCCAAUUUUUAGAUCUUAAAUUAAUCCUUUCGGGACAUGUCUUUUUGGGAAGGUGAGACUGUUGGAUCCCCUUCCUUUGGAUUUCUGUUUACUAUUGACUGUGAAAUUAGCCCAUUCUUGUGUGUUUUACUUGGAAAAAAAAAAAAA